AUGUUAAAAUUGCUGCGAACUAGCCAUUCACCGUCAUACUUCCCCAUUGACGACGACAAUGAUCCCGGGAAAGAGACAGUACAGUCUCUUCGCGGCCAGGGAAAGCGUGCUCUUUGGUCCCCUUGGUUACAGCUUGCUAUGAUGGUCGUCUCUUUCUUGCUCGCGGGCACUGCUGGCUUCUUCAUUGGCCUUUCACUUCCUCAAAAACGACUGGCUUCCUGGUCGCUUCCAGAUACGGUGCCGCAGGUAUUCAUCGGCUUGUCCACGGAGACGUUCCAAUACAACGAAAGCUUUGCGACUCCACCGCCCCAAGAAGGAGGCCAAGAGCCAGUCUGGGACUCUUUGAUCCCCAAUGGCCUGGGCUACGUGAAGCAUCCAACUCUGGCCCCGAACCUGUCCGUCAUCAGCGUCUUCCAUCAGCUUCACUGCUUGUACACACUCCGCCGAGCAUACUAUGCAAUUUCUGAGGAUCAACAUAAGCUAGAAGACUUCGACUUUGGGAUCGAAAGGGCUCCGCAUGCGGCUCACUGCUUUGAGUAUUUGAGACAGGCUCUCAUGUGUUCUGCCGACUCGAGCAUCGAGCCGGCAGGGAAAAGAGUUGAAGGCUUCCUAGGGUGGGGCUUUCAAAGACAGUGCCGGGAUUAUGGGGGGUUGAUGGCUUGGGCGGAGAAGUGGAGAGCGUUCAAUGGCCAGGGCUUUAUAGCAGAGCCACCCGGCUGA